AUGGCCUAUCCUGAGGAUGGAUCACAUACUCCGACAAUCGGUAUCACGGGUACCCUCUCUAACGAUCAAGGAAAUGCAGGAGCGAGUUUCGAAGAAGAUUCAACGGUGAGUUACAUUCACGACACAACCGCCGUAGCCACAACAGCAGCAUCGAGCACGAACUACUUGCCCUCUGCAAAGAAGUUUGGCACGGUCAAGGGAGGGAUGCCGAUCAUGGUGGCGAAGUGGGUCAGUCCGCUGAGUGACCACGUUACCGAAAGCCAGUACGGCGAGGUCACGGACUGGACGGCUUCGGCUGCUCAUGCUAGCAGAAUCAUCUCCAUACCCAGGGCUUCGUGGGUCAUGAAGGCUCAGCGUGAUCUUCAAGCUAUUCUUGGCCUCGUUUUCGGAGCCUUUAAAUCCCAGCUCUUCCUCGACAAAGGGACCGAGCGUUUGGCUGCCGCGGAGGAUGCUCUGCGCGCGAUGCAGGCCGAACCUGAGCAUCUUCAAACUGCGGUCAAGGUCCUCCGCAAUCUGAGCAACUUUCCGCCGGGCGCAGGCUUAGAAGUUGAUAGUCACAAGAUCAGAGACAUUGAUGAGGACUCGCCCAGCGAUGUCUUAGAACUGCCCACACUCCCUGAAGAUAAAGUGGCUGCUUUGUUUACUUUGGACGAUACCAUCUAUCGUGGAGCACAGUCAAUGAUAGAGGAUCAGGUUAAAUAUGCACUACCUCGAGCAGCUGUUAUGCAGAGCCAUAUUCCCUUCCAAAAGAAUAACACCAUGAAGUCCAACCAUCCAUGGGAACUCUCAGAGUUCAAGAAUGAUCCAUUGCUCUGGGCCCGCUCUCGUUUGAACCAUGAAUAUAAUCCAAAACCUGACGUUGUGGAGCUGAAUGUGCUGGAUAGAGCAUGUAAUGUGUUAUUUGAGUUCGUWUACACUCCUUCUCAAAUUUUUGGUCAACAGCACUUCGCGCGGAAUAUGACCGGUGGCAACGAAGCCCUGGCCGCAGCUAUAACAGAAACGUGGACUAUGUCUUUGCUUUUGAAACCUAUCGAGAAUGCUCGUCCUGCCAGGCCAGAGACUUAG